GUGACAACAAUUUAAUUGGCGCCCAACGUGGGGCUUGAUUUUAAGCCCAGAUUACACAUUUUCCUCAAUUGGGAGUGUCCAAAAUUCCAUCUCUGAAGGGAGGAAUCCCUCAGAGAGCAAUGAGCAAUAAUUCUGCUGAGUGUUCUGACGGAUUGAAAACUGAACAGACACUUGCUGCAAUGAAUCUAUUGGAUCUUUUUCCAAACCUGCAAUUGUACAUGUGGUAUGUAGCCGAGGGCAUUCUGCACUUUGUAGCUGCUCUUGUGAUUCAUUUGUGGUUUAUUGACAGAACUGUAGCCAUAGUCAACCGUAUCAUUACCAGCCUAGUGAUCCUAGGGAUGAUGAUACUGUUCUCUAUGGGGUCACUGUAUGUGUACAGUUACACUGCUAGUCCUACUGGUACAACUCCUAAAGUGAAUAGAACGGUCCAUGUUGAUAACAGCAAUAGCUGGUUCAAUUUUACCUCUCCAUAUUCUCUCAAGCUGAAUCUCCCAGCUCUUGAUGUGAAUAGCAUGGUUGCAGUGGGGAUGUUUUUGCUGAAUGUUUAUAAUAUAUUGUGGAUGCGUAGGACCAGAUGUUGUUCUGCUCACUGCCACUCCCCCACAGGCAAUGUUGCUGCCACUGCUGCUGCCAACACCACUGCUGCCAAUACCACCACUCCUGCUGCUACAAAAGCAACUGCUUCUACAAAGAAAAAGCCUGAUCCAUCGCGAACCAAGCUAGUUAACCCUGUGACUAGGAGCAAGGCAAAGACAAAAGCAGCAGAAAGUGAGGGUGAGGAAGAAGAGGAUCCUAAUACAGAUGAUGGAGCAGGUACCUCUCAGACAGAUAAAAAACCAGACCACUCUCAGACAGAUAAAAAACCAAGCCACUCUCAAGCAAAUAAAAGAACAGCAGGUCCUCCUCAAUCAGAUGACGACGAUGACCUUGCCCACCCUUUCUCUAUGAAAGAACUGCGCCUCAUGAGAAAGGACUUCACCCGCAUUGAUGGUGAGGGAAUCCUUCCUUGGCUGCUCCGAUGCUUUGAUAGUGGUGCUGAGACCUACAAUGUGGAUGAGAGAGAAGCCAAGCAGUUGGGAUCCCUGGCCAGAGAUGCUGGUAUUGACAGAGCACUUAGUAGUAAGACAGGAACUACUACCCUGUGGGACCGACUUCUUUCAGCUGUGAGAGAGAGAUAUCCCCACAAGGGUGACAUUGGAUGGCGCCGAAGCAGAACACCCACUCUCGAGAAAGCCAUCACCUACUUGAGAGAGAUUGCUGUGCGAGAGGUGAUCUAUAAUAACGAUGGAAUCACAGAUCCUGAUGAUGUUGAGUGUGACACACAAAUGUUCCGGAAGUUUGUUCAGGCUGUACCAGCAGCGCAUGCCCAUAUAUUCUCCUUUAUGGGAUGUUUUGAAGGUUACGAAAGACCAACUGUACGUGAGGUAACUGUUAAAGCACGACAGUACGGAGAUAUCCUCUCUGAUUCCCUUUACUUCCAAACCUCAGCCGUUAAGAAAAUGGUUGACAGGAAGUAUAAGAUGCCAAAUGGAUGGGGAAGUAAACCCCAGACUCUUCCUAGAGACAACUGGUCACGUGUUGCAGCUAUUAAGAAGAGACGUCCUGCUACGAGACAGCAGCAAGGAAGACAGGACUCACUGCGACGCCACCUGUGGUCUCUCUUGAAAAAUCAUUUUAGAGAGGACAUGAGAGUCUGGGACAAGAAACCCACUGAUAUGCUCCAGUUACGUGUGCAAGAGCUUCUAAACAGAACAAAGCCAGGAGAUGGUUCUUCCAAGAGGAAGGUUGCACCAGUCAACAACCAGGAUGGUUCAUCGAGCUCUAGUGCUCAACCCUAGGGAUGCCCUGCCUCCAGCCAGGAGGAGGAGAGGGACAACCGAGUUUAUUGGACUGUGUGGAUUCGGUGGCCUGGCACAUUAGAACCACAAAGAUAUAAAGCUUUGGUGGACACUGGUGCACAGUGCACUCUAAUGCCAUCGAAUCAUAAAGGGACAAACCCUGUCACUAUCUCUGGAGUGACAGGAGGUUCUCAACAACUGACUGUUGUGGAGGCCGGUGUGAGCCUCACUGGUAAGGAGUGGCAAAUGCACCCUAUAGUGACUGGCCCAGGUGCUCCGUGCAUCCUUGGCAUAGACUAUCUCAGGAAAGGAUACUUCCGUGACCCGAAAGGGUACCGGUGGGCCUUUGGUAUAGCAGCUGUAGAGACUGAGGACACUGAACAGCUGCGUACUUUGUCUGGCCUUUCAGAUGACCCUUCUGUAGUAGGGUUGCUGGAGGUUGAAGACCAACAGGUGCCAAUUGCCACUUCAACAGUGCAUAGACGACAGUAUCGCACCAACAGAGACUCUGUGAUCCCCAUUCAUAAGCUGAUUCGGCAAUUGGAAAGCCAAGGUGUGAUUAGCAGGACUCAUUCACCCUUCAAUAGUCCUAUCUGGCCAGUGCGAAAGCCUGAUGGCGAGUGGAGGCUGACAGUGGACUAUCGUGGCCUGAAUGAGGUGACACCACCACUUAGCGCUGCUGU